AUAGGGGGUCAAAGGUAAUUUUGACGUAUGCGUGGUGCUUUGGCGCCAGCUAUUUCGCGGGACAGUAGGACAACAACGCGGUGUAAUUUAUACGAAAGAACAGACCGAGUGUCGUUAAACAAAACAAGCCGACACUAAAGCACAUCGGGCGCUGAAAUCUCGAAGCGGUCGGCUGCCGUCCUUGCUGCUUUUGGCGGUGCGUCAUUUCUGUGGCUAAGUUCGCUUUAGGAGCCCGAGCUGAGCAGCGGUUCUGUGCUCCGUGUGUGGCGCUGUGCAGCAAUUAACGAUGAUGCCGUCAGCGGAGCCUCCGAACAACUUCAGCAUCGUCCCUUUGCUGGAGUGUCUGGAGGACAGCGCCGCUGGACGCCCUGAGCAGACUGAUGCCUACCUCACCAUUGCCAAUCGGCUGAGUGGAGAGGAAGGCCGCCAGUUUCUUCCUGCCGUGACAAAGCACUUUUCUCGCUUGGGUAAUACCAUCUUGAGUCAUGUAAGCAGUGCGCAUGCUGAGCUGAGCCAAGCCGCUCUACAAGCUUUGGGCUUUUGUGUCUAUCAUUCGCACGUUGUCUCUGGAGUGUCUGAAACGUUCACCACAGAAAUCCUGUCCGCACUUUGCUCCCUGGUGGCCAAAUCGCCGGAGAAGAACACUUGCACCAGAGCCUUAUGGGUCAUCUCCAAACAGAACUUCCCUGCCUUUAUGGUGGGCAAAAAGGUGCCAUGUAUACUGAGCAUGUUGGAGAGCGUGUGGAGCAGAGGGGAAGUGCAGUCGGUCGUCAUGGAGCAUGAGGCUCUGAAUGUAGUCAUCAGGCUGCUGGAGCAAGUUCCAGCUCAGAUGGGAGAGUGGGCCGUGUGCUGGGCCAAGCUCGUCAUUCCUCUGGUGGUGCACUCGGCCUCCAAGGUGCGACUGCGGGCAGCGGCUGCCUUGGAGAUGGGUCUGCCUUUACUGCUGCAAAAUCAGAUGGAAGUGGCUGCUAUCAUCGAGCCCUUGAUGUCUACGAAACUGAUUCCAGAGCUGCAGAAGCUUUUCAUGUCCAAAAAUGAAAUGAAUGUCCUCAAGCUCUGGCCAUUAUUUGUAAAACUUCUUGGGAAGCUGCUCCACCGAGGAGGUCCCUUUAUCAACUCGUUGCUCCAUUUGGAGGAGCUGGGCUUUCGCAGUUCCUCUCCUACCGUCAAGAAAAUCGCUUUUAUCGCCUGGAAGAGUUUGAUCGAUAACUUUGCUCUUAAUCCAGACAUCCUUUGCAGUGGAAAGCGCAUGAAGCUUCUCAUGCAGCCCCUCAUGUCGAUCAAUAUUCGUACAGAGACGCUAAUGCUUACCAAGGUGGAGGUGUGGUGGUACCUAGUGGUCCAACUCGGCCCAAACCUGUCGCCCCACUUUGAUUUGGUGUCACUCCCAUUGCUACAGUGCACCAUUGGAUCAGAAGCCACCUCGGCCCCAGCCACCCCUGCCAGAGGUCAGAAUGGCGUUGCAACACCCAGCACACCCAAAUCUGCUGCCCCAACGGCAUUCAAUAACCUGACACCCAAUUCGUCUCGACUGAACCUGAACUCCAGCAUGCAGCCCUCCUCCUCCGUCCGCUCCAUAAAGUUGCUGGGCCUGGAAAUGCUGCUCCACUACUUCCUGGGACCUGAUGUGGUCUCCACAGCGACUAAAAGCAAGCUGGUCCUGACUCUCGAGCCUUUGAGGUACCCGCUGUUGAGUGCUGCUUCUUCCUUUAGCAAGCAUGCUCCUGCACUCAUCUCCAGCAUCAAAGAUGGCUUCAACAAUGUCGGCAAGGAUGCUCCAGAUGCCCUUUUGGCACUUCUAUGGGAUCAUCUUGUACAUUAUGUCAUGCUGACCAUUGAGUCUGGAAGCAAGAAGGACCGACACGGCUGUGAAGUUCUGACCCUCAUGCUUCAAGCCCUACAGAAUGUGGUUUGCUCACAAGUUCUUCCUGCAGACAAAGUGCUAGUUCUCUUCGAGAGCACCGUUAAAGGCAUCUCCCCGCGUGUACUAGGCUCCGCCUCCUACCAAGUGGGCAAGAUGGAUGUACUGAAUGGAACACCGGCACUGUACCUCAUUCUGCUCCUCUUUGACAGCAACAUGCUGCCGGCCUACAUCGAAGACGCCAGGUUUUAUCAAUGUCUCCAGACACUCGUGGGCUGCAGCUUGUCGGGCCCCACCUCCCCACUAGCCUUCGCCGAGGCAGUGUUGGGCGCCGCUGGCUGCAGUGCCGCCUCAGUGCAGAGCAAGGAGCACCUGUUGAGGAUGUGGAGCGUCGUGGUCGCCCCGCUCACAGACACAAUCACACAGUCUAAUGAAGUCAACCAAGGGGACGCCCUGGAGCACAACUUCAGCGCCGUGCACUCAGCCCUAAUGUUCCCCAUCACUCACCUGCUGAGUGGCUCACCUCAGCAGCAGGCAGCUCAGAAGUCCAUGCUGUCUACUUGGUCCAAACUGUACAAGGUGUUCGCACGCUGUUCGGCUCUGGUGAUUACCGCUGAGGAGAACGUCUGCUGUGAGGAGCUCUGUGUUAAAAUGGCCGCCACGGUUGAUCGAGAUACUCUCACAGUUCCAUCCACGCUGACAACUGUUGCCUGCAUCCUUCAAGUCAUGGUGGAAUGUAUGGACUUCUCUCCCUACACAUCACAGUUCCAGCAGAAACUCAAGUCUCCUCACACUCCAGUAAACUGGACCAAGAAGAGAAGCAAGGCUCUUGGCAACCUGUCCACCUUCCAUUCUCUGCUGGUUCAGUGUCUGGAUGUUUACCUGGCAGUGGAGGAUGUUCCAUCAGAAACCACGGGCAUGGCCCUGCUCUCCGUCUUGUCUGCCCUCUUCACCAACCUGGUGCUUGCUAACGCUGUUAAAGAGGCUCUGACCGCCCUCAUUCCGCAUCUCGUUGGGCUCUACAAGCAAGCAACCUGCGAGCCCCCCAGAUUUACGACACAGAUUAUGACCAAAAUGGAGAAGCUUCUGGGAGAGGUCUUGGUCUGCAUUCAGAGCCGCUCCAACUUGGCCACUGACAAUGAGCUCCUGGCUCUGCUUUCACCGUUGCUCUGUGUGCUGUUCCCACACAAAAACAAGCAGCACCGCACGGCUGUUACCCACUUCUGGAAUUCCACCUUUGCUAAUGCGGUCGGCCUCAUCUACCCGGAUGAGCUCAGGCCAGUUCUGAGCCAAGUGAAGCAAAAGACUCCCAUCAUUCUUCCUGGCUUUGAAACAGUCAAUGUGGCCGACGAGCUCAGUGGACAGUAUUCCAGCGAGAGUUCCCAGUUAGAAACCAAACUCAGCGGUGUGACAGUUGCCUCUACUACAAACAGGGACUCUCUGCUUGUAGAGAGGGAGGAGCUGAAUAGCCGAAGCUCCUCGAGAACCUCCAAAUCUGUUUCUACAAAACUGGAGUUUGGCUCCACCAAGGUUCCUCGCGGGGAAGUACUGGAUGAGGAGGCCUCUGUUGACUUUGUCUUCAUUCCACCGGAAGCAAAGGAGAGAGUUUUAACAGAACACCAGAAGGAAGUUAAAAGGACCAAGAGGGUUGACAUACCUGCCAUGUACAACAACCUGGAUGCCUCCUUGGAUACUACAGUUUUCACGCAGUACACGCAAAGCCAAGAAGAAUCUCUGAGCAAAUUAACAACCGAAGAAGCUGACAAAGUUGCCACAAAAGCUUCCGCUGAGAUAACUCAGGAGACAAAUGAAGUUGCUGACGUUCGCCCAAAGACUCAAGACUUUGCAAUCCAGAAAGCCUUGGAAAAUGAAUCAGCGAAGGAGGAUCAGGAAAUUAUUCCAGAGUCAAUGGAUGUUUCCGUAGAAGAUGCCAGAUGCAGUGGCAGUGUAGAAGAUAAGGACACACAAGAGGAAAAAAACACCAGUCCCAACAUGUCAAGCUCUUCAGAUUUAGUCUCUGGAACACCCCAGAAGUCAAGUGGCGGCAGCCGCCGUCAAUCCUUCAUUACGUUGGAGAAAUAUAUUGAAAGAAAGUCGACGAGCCCCAGUACUGCAUCCUCGUUCACGGGUCCCCUCGUGAAGACUUCUGCUUCUUGCCAGGACUCAAACAGCCCCUCCCGAGAGGCUUCCCAGAAAGCCCUUGAUCAAAAUUCUCAGCUGUCCUCACAGGCACUGUCAAAGUGUCCAGUAAGUGACCUCCAAGAGUCACCGCGCAAAUUAGACGGCGAGAGGAAAGUCGAGCCUGUAAGGCUGACGAGUCAUGAAGAAGUUGAUGAUGUCAUCCCGGACACUCAGACUGAAUUUGCGGCCAUGGAGAAUAGCUCCGUGUCUUCCGCGUCGGAUGAUAUGAGAAGCUUUAAUCCAGAGGGGGAUUCUCAAGAGACUGGAGAUGAUUCGCAGUUUUCCGAGAGUUUGACUUCUCCGGGUGAGCGGAGACACCGUAAGCACGGUAAACAUCUCCUCGCAGGAGAAAAGCCAGUUGAUUCAAGCACACCACUGAACCGACCCAAUACGAGAAGCAAGGUGGCGAGUAGUAGAAUUCGGCUGAGGUCUCAGCGUGACAGCAGUUCCUCGAGUCAAACUAAGUCUCCAGUUCGAUCACAGAGGAAGGUCAAGCUGUACAGCAGUUCAGGGAGUUUCCUCCUUGAACCUGAAGAAAAAAAACGAAGACCCAGAUCGCAAGAGUCAAGUCAAAUGGACCAGCUGUCUGAAGCUGAAAGCCAGUCGCAGCCAAAGCGCGGCCGACCUCAAAAGUCCCCGGCAGAGACCAAAGAUACUCGUCUGAAGCGUAAAAAAAUUGCCAGUCAAACGAACUUGAAAUCCAACUCCCAGUCUGAUUCUGAAAGCCAGUCGGAGCAAAGGCAUAGCAAAUCCUUACGGGGGGCCAAGGAGGACAGUCUUCAGAACAGUCAGUGUGAGUUGCAAUCAGGCACUCCAUCUGAUUUAGAAAGACAGUCGCUGCGAAAGCGUGGGCGACCUCCCAAAUCCGUAUCGAAGCCUAAAGAGGAAGUCCGCAGGGGUGCAGCGCAGUCCGAAAAAUUGCCCAGCCAAGCGGAUAUAUAUUCAGACACUCGGACUGAUUCUGAAGAAAACGCACAAAAAAAUGGCUGCCAUCCUAGUGAUUGUUUUCAGGACCCCAACGGGGUUGAUCUUAAGCCCCGCUCAAUGUCUGAAAAAACAUCCAUGCAAUCAGAAACGCCGGCUGAUUCUGAAAAGCAGUCGCAGCAAAAUUGUGGCCAACUUUGCAGUUCUCUGUUGGAGUCAAGAGAGGAGGGCCUUAAAAUUUCCAGUCAAACCGAUUUAAUAUCACACACUCUGGCCAAUCAGAAGUCCGACGGACAGCAUGACCUGCCUGCCACAUCCUUUAUAGAGCCAAAGGAGGAAGAUCUUGGGAAUGCAGAGAUGACGUCUGAAAAGGUAUCUGAUGAAAUUGACUUACAAUCAGAAAUUCAAUAUGAUACUCAAAUAGAAAAACAGGGAAGGAGUAUCAUCAUUUCCAAAUCUUUACCGGAAUCUGAGGUGGUUCUUAAAAUGCAACCAAUGUCCAGCCAAACAGACUCACAAUCGGACACGGGGUCUGAUGCCGGAAGCCAGGCACGGCAAAAACGUGUCCGACAUUCAAAAUCAUUGAGUAAGAUUUUGGAAGCAGGCGACUCCCAGUCGCAGGUUUUGUCUGAACCCGUAAAAUGGAGCCAGACUGACUUGCUACCGAAACAAAUUAAAAACGAUGCUAAUCGGUCAAGUUCUCAAAUAGUCAUUGUCUCAGCUGAAACUGAUGGCCAAGCACAAGAGGUCGAAUUCUUAGAACAGUGCAUAAAACAAGAAAAAGAUUCUCAUUCUAUUGCUUCUUUAACUAGUAACACGAUCCAAAAAGGAAUAAACACGCCAGCUUGCAUUCUUAGUAAUCAGGAGGACAUCGCCAAAGAUGAACCAGAAACUGAAUUCAGUCAAGAAGACACACAAGAGAUUACGCCGGCAUCCACUGAUAGUCCGCCUCUGCCACGACGUAGACGAAGGAAGGCAUCGCCAGAGGCAGGAGAAGAGAAGAGUGAACCAAAGGCCUUGCCCAGAACGCAGAGUAGCUCUCAUUCUCAAGACAAUAGUCCAACAGAAGCUGGCGAAAGAGGUCGGACAAGAAGAAGCAAGGUACAGUCCAACUCGAGUGCCACUUCCACUCCAGAAAGCUCCCAGUCUUUUGAUGUUGCGGGGUCCACAGAGUCUUCUCAAGGCAGGAAAUCCAGACGGAGAUUUUCCAAAGUCUUCACAGCCAGCACAGAGGCAUUAAAAUCUGAAUUGGCAGAGGCCAAAGAAAAAAAUUCCCUGCCUGUAAAGAGACUGAAAUCCCCAGGGACAUCUGACAUCGACUUUAUUGCUGCAGAAAAGAAUUCUGCGGAUGCAGAAAUGUUGGAAACUGCUCAAGUACAAGAGGACUCCCCAAAAAGCUUAAAUACAGUCCUUUCUGAACUACCGGAUAGGUCUGACAACUGCAAAGAAAUCCAAAUGAAUGUUGCCGCUGCUGAAGCACUGGAACCUGAAAACCCUGAUCCUGAAAUGACCUCUCUCAACUCAUCGCCUAGCAAGAGGAAGAGAAGGCGCCGAAAGUUCCGAACCAAAGUCAACUCUUCUUCUUCGCAAGAGAGUAACACCGGGGACGUGGAAUCAUCUGGAAUGUUGGCAUCGCAAGACACUCUUACUGAGCACAGUCAAGAGGGCUUGGAUUCUGAGGCUUUUGCUGCACACGCCAAGACUCUCGCUGAGGAGGCGAAUGAGAAGCUGCAAGUCUCAAAGUCCUCACCAGAGGAGACUACACCGAUAGUUGUGGGAAAGCAAUGUCAUUCUGUCAAUGAGGAUCACUCAGUUGUCCCAGUGGAGGAAGCUCAGACUUGCGCUCUUGGACAAAGGCAAGAAGAGUGUUCAAAUGCUGCAGAGGGUUCAGCCGCCAAUGUAGAGAAGACGUCACACCCGAUGUUAGAAGACAUUCUACCCCUACAUGAGAGUCUUCGGGAUGAGGAGGUACAAGAUGAAGAGAGAACCCAGACGUCAAACACAGAUGGCGAUCCAAAAAGUGCUCAAAGUGACGUUUGUACCACUGAAUCAACAUUGAGCGCAAUCUCCCAGGAUUCUUCUCCGGCAAAGCUGAAGGACCUGGAGGCGGAGUUGAUUCCAGACCUGGUCCAGAGCCCGUGCGCUAACAAGACCAAAGGAACCUGGUCGCCUUCAGCCUCUCCUUCAACCAGCAUCCUCAAAAAAGGCCAAAAGAGACCUGUGGAGGAGGAGACACCCUCACCUCUCGUCAAGUCCAGGCGCGUGUCUUUUGCCAAUCCCAUUCAACACCAGGAGACGGCCGACGACAUCGACCGCCGCAGUCCUGCUGUCAGAACGAGCUCCCCCAGAAGAGGAAAAGUCGGCACCAUACCCCUGCCGAAAUUUGUCACGACGCCAACAAAAGGUCCGCUGACUACAAGUCCCAGGAAUCUUCACAGUCCAAAUUUCAGGAGUUCCAAAAAAUGCCUGAUUUCUGAGAUGAGUCGGGAGCCUCGGCCCGUUUCCAAAAAUUGCAUCUAUCCCGCGCUGGUCGGAUGCGCCGCACCCAUCGAAGCGGUGCUGCCUCAGAUAUCGUCCAACAUUUGGUCCCGUGGUUUUGGGCAGCUCUUGCGAGCGCGUAACAUCAAAACGGUCGGCGACCUCAGUGCUCUGACUCCCAGUGAAAUUAAGACUCUACCUAUUCACUCACCAAAGAUUUGCAAUGUCAAGAAAGCCCUUAGGUCCUACGAGCAGCAGCGGAAAGGCCGAGGGUUAGAUGAGCUGAAGAGUUUCGUGGAAAUGGAAAUGAUGACUUCGGAGCCAGAGGAGACGCGAAACCCGGAUGGAGAAGAGAAACCCACCGACAUGUUAGCCACAGGUUUAACCAAUGAGCCCGCUCCUGCCAAGCUGGAGGAAGAGCGGUCUGAGGCAACGCCGGAUUCAAGUGCGUCUGGAGCAUCCGAGGACCCGUCGGCAGGUCCGGAGGGUCUUCUGGCCCGACUGGAUGCCCUUGACUGCGCAGUGACGCCGCCCCAUCUGAGCGGCUGCUCGCCUCAGCAGCUGUUUGACGUCCACGAGCACCUGACGCUUCUGAUGAGAAGAGUCAUGUCUGAGAUGCAGGGCCGCCUCGCCCCUGCCAAUGAGCAACCCUGAACGCACCAUGAACUGUGAAACACCCCCCCCCCCCCCCCCCUGCAACCUCUUUUUAAAGACGGCCUCAAUUUUAGAGAAGUACGAGAAAUUUGAUGAUUUUAUUCUCUGCUUCUUAAACUUUUAACUGCAUCAUCAAAAGCAAACAUACCACCUUGAACUGUGAUCCACCACAUUCCAGAGUUGUACAUACAUCUUAUUCCUCACGUGCCUGUUUGUAGAAUGUUUACAUUGUAUAUAUUAAGUAGAAACACCUUUUUUGUCUUGUGUCACAUGCACAUAGUGGUCUGCACAUAUUUUUAGUUGUACCUUUUAAUUGCUUCAAAUAAAAAGAUAGGACUGAA